AUGAGUAUGAACACUAGUUGUAGCGGAAGCCCUAGUGGCGGUGGUGGUGGCGGAAGCAGUAGUGGUGGUGGCAGCAGCGGUGGCGGUGGUCCUUGUGGGGCUUGCAAAUUCUUAAGGAGAAAGUGUGUACCCGGGUGUAUAUUUGCACCCUACUUUGAUUCGGAGCAAGGUGCCACACAUUUUGCGGCGGUUCACAAGGUUUUUGGUGCUAGCAAUGUUUCAAAGCUUCUCAUGAAUAUUCCAGUUCAUAAAAGACUUGAUGCUGUUGUCACUAUUUGUUAUGAAGCUCAAGCAAGACUUAGAGACCCUGUCUAUGGCUGCGUUGCUCAUAUCUUUGCUCUUCAACAACAGAUAGUAAAUUUACAAGCAGAACUUUCAUAUUUACAAGGUUAUCUUGCAACCCUUGAGUUACCUCAUCCGCCACAACCACCUCCUACUCCGCCGCAACCAACCUUAGCCCCUCCGACUCUCUCAAUCUCUGACCUCCCAACUCCACAUCCCACUCCUGCCAGCACAGCUACCGUGCCGAUCACGUAUGAUUUGUCUUCACUCUUUGAACCUAUGGCCCAAACUUCUUGGGCCAUGCACAAUAGGCCCAUUGAUGCACCCCACCAAUUUUUGAGUAGUGACACAUCAUCUUUACAGUCUAGUGGCGGCGGCCGGGGCGGUGGUGAUCUUCAAACACUGGCUCAUGAGCUUUUGCGUAGACAUGGAGUUGAUCCUACUGCUCCUGUGGCAUGUUCUAGUGCCCCCUCAUCAUCGCAAUCUCAUUCAAAAUGAACACAAUCUUGGACUUAAUUUACUGAUA